GAAGGAGGUUGUUGACAUGAAAGUUAAGGAUUUUCUCAGGAUUUUCCUCUUUAUCAGCCUCUUGAGGAGUUCGUGCUCGACCACGGAAGGGACAUGUAGCAGAGAUGAAAGUGGGGAGUGUGGUGAUGAUGACGCGAUAAAGGAGAAGGCAAGAAAUAAGUACAGUCAAGAGAGUAAUACAAAAUGGGCCCAUCACCUAGCCCAGAUUGAGGAUGCCGUAGCCGCUUACAAGAGCUGUGAUCCUGAGAAAUGUUCUUGCCACUAUCCACUUAUCAAGAAGGAUUUGACUGUUUUCAAAAAUGGAAUUGGCAAGGAGGUACUACAGGCCGCCAGGGACAGGGGUACUUUCUACCAAAUAAUCAACCAUAAGUUAUACAGAGAAAAGAAUUGCAUGUUUCCCAGCAGAUGUAGUGGUAUUGAACAUUUCAUUCUAAAGGUAAUUGACAAGCUACCAGACCUAGAGAUGGUGGUAAACACGAGAGACUGGCCACAGGUCGAUUACCGAUUUGGGAAGAAGCUACCAGUAUUUUCAUUCAGUAAGACUUCCACGUACCUAGACAUCUCUUAUCCUGCCUGGACCUUCUGGGAAGGGGGGCCUGCCAUUGGUCUGUACCCCAUGGGACUUGGCAGGUGGGACUUAUUGCGAAAAUCUCUCCACACGGCCUCGGAAAAGUGGCCCUGGGAGGUCAAGGAGAGCAAGGGAUUCUUCAGGGGUUCCCGUACAAGUGCUGAGAGAGACCCCUUAGUCUACCUUUCCCGAGAAGAGCCUGACCUCGUUGAUGCUCAGUACACCAAGAACCAAGCCUGGAAAUCAGAUGCAGAUACUCUUUAUGCACCACCAGCAAGUGAAGUCCCUCUAGAAGACCACUGCCAGUACAAGUACCUGUUCAACUUCCGUGGGGUUGCAGCCAGCUUUAGGUUCAAGCACCUCUUCCUGUGUCGCUCCCUUGUAUUUCACAGUGGUGAUGAGUGGAUUGAGUUCUUCUACCCUAGGAUGAAGCCAUGGGUCCAUUACAUACCUGUCAGAGCAGAGGCAUCCAAAGAGGAAAUUAGGAAUCUCCUGAAAUUUGCUAAGGAAAAUGACGGCAUAGCCAUGGCAAUAGCAGAAAGGGGCUAUGAGUUCAUACGAGACCACCUCAGAAUGAAGGAUGUCCUUUGCUACUGGAGGAAGCUGCUACAGUCCUAUGCAGAACUCCUUCAGUACAAACCAGUCAAGGAGGCAGGAGUGUUCGAAAUUAGACCGAGAAUGUAGAUUAAGUAAUACCUGGUAACUGCAGGUCUGAUUGUGGGAUCAGUAUGAACACACUAAAUGGACCUGACUCCUUCAUUUCCGUCCAUUGAUCAAGCAUUUAGAGUAUUGUAACCAUUAAAUGUACAUAUAUUGAUUUUUUAUUUUUAUGUAUUUAUUUUUUUAUGGGUUGUGGUGGAAUAUAGUUUGGGAGAAGCUCUUUGUGUGAAAUUUUAUGAUAAUGGUACAGAAAAAAGUAAUGAAAUCCCUUUUGAAACCUUACAUUAUGUGAUGAUGGAAGUAUGGGUCCAUGACUGUGGCUUGGCAUAGGUCAUUUAUAUGAAUGUAAUUGUUAUAGUACUAAUGUAGUUUUCUGUGAUAAACAUGAAGUAUGCCAGUCAGAUUUAUUUAUGAAUCCUUGAAUAUAUUGACAAAACACUCUUAACAACGUUUGAAUACAGUCUGGUGGAACAGUAUUAUUUGAUUAUGGCUUAUAUCUAUACUGUAUUAUGUUCAUUAUGUAUUGCUGAUUAACACUUAAUGCCUGAAAUGUUUAGUUUUGGGAAUGUAUACACCUUACCCUCUGAUAUCAUUCCAUUCUCUACCAGCAGAUAUUUCGAUGAUACAAAACUGUGUCAGUAUUUUUGACAUGAAUAUUUAUUUUUUUAUUACUCACUGUCAGAGGUUUCACUAAAAUAGUUAUACCUUACUUCCUUUUCUAUUUCUCAACAUCUUUGUGUAAUUUUGGAAACCAGUUGUAUUCCACAGGCUGAAAUUUAAUUUCAAUUUCACAAGCUUAACAUUGAAAUUCCUUGUGGUCUAUAGAAAGUCUGAAUAGCUAUAUUGUUUUAAUAUGGUUAUAUAACAGACACUUGGCAUAUUUAUAUGCUCUUAACCAUUAACCAGUAUAUAAGAGAAGUGACACACAUCAUACACUUGAUGAUUUUUCUUGAUGUAAUGUUGUCAUAGUGGCAACACAUAGUAAAUAGCACAAGUUUUGGUUUGAAUAUUUUGAGUAGUCAUAUAAUGCUUCCAUAAACAAUGUUUGAACCAGUCUUUAGUUGAUUUACUUGAGGCUAAUUUUGAACUCGAGUGUAAGUUUUUUUUUGUUUUUGUUUUUCUGGUAAUGUAUCAGUAUGAUCAAAAGCCAUUAAUUAUAGUGAAUAAAGUAUAAGAAGUUAACCAAGUAGAAAAGUUUCGUUCAAUGUGCUAACCCUUUUACAAGGAAGUGCUAGUAUGUUUUUUCUUUCUUUCUUUCUUUCUUUUUUUUUCAAUACGAGACUUCAGUUUAAAUAUCAACUCAUGGAGAUAUGCUUUAAUGGCACCUGUGUACUUACUAUAUUACAAUGUAUUGUUAGAAGACAUCACUACAAAGUUUUAUUAUGUGACAAUAAUUUGUAUAGUGAAGCAAGACACACUAUAUUUGUCAGCACAUUUUCUUCAUCUUAUUUUUAAUUGAUUUUUUUCACAUUUUUCUAAUCUUAUAUUCAACCAAAAUGGUUACAUUUAAAUUUCUACUGCAUUUUUAUGGCCACAUUCUUGACAGAUGUUCAGAUAAUGUGGUCAGUGCAAAAUGAAAAAACUUCAGAGAGAAGCUCUUUGUGUGAAUAAUAUGAUGUUUUGAUAAACAUAAACAUAACUUUGGAAGACACCAUUAUGCACUGCAUAAUGGUGUAUUCUAGAGGGAAAUUAUUUUGGUAUUGGACUGUAAAUUCAGUAUCUUUAGGAGAAGGUCCCGUAUUUAAGGCAUUAAUGUGCUAAUGAGCUUUUAGUAGACAAGAUAAUGGUAAAAGAUAUGAUACAAGAGAGUGAAGGAAGCUCAUGUUGCAUAAUGUAAGCAAAAGUGUAAUAGAAAAAUAAUGAUCAGCUCUUUGCUUUGUACAUUUUAAAAAAAUGUAAGCAAUUUAUGUAUUGUAUUAUUAAUGUAAAAUUAAAUGUAUACUGUUGUGAUUAUUAUUAAUAUUAUCAUUAUUUUUAGUUAGGAGUCAAUAAAUAUAAUUACAUUUUGAGAUAAUACUGUGAUAUCUACAUCACGGAAGUGAAUUUUUUUACAUUAGUUAACAAGUAUGGAAGAUACUAUAUCAACGUUAAUUAAAGUUAUCCACAUUCCAUCCAGUUAUUCUUUGAAAUGCAGUAUCUAUUUUUUAUUAUUAUUAUUAUUAUUAAUAUUAUCAUCAUUAUCAUCUUCCUAUGGGAUGCAUGUUUAUGCUAAGAUUCCGAGAAGAUGUGACACAGUGUAAUGUUAAGUAAGUUUCCCUUCCCUUUUCCAUUUUUGUAAUAAAAUCCCAUUGUCAUUCUAAAA